UUCCCUGGCCUCAGCCUUUCUGCGGGGCGCCCCGCCCAGGCCCGCCGGCCGCUAGGCGGGCGUUUUGCUCCUAAGACCCCGCCUCUGGACACGCCUCCCUGGAUCAGACCCCGCCCCGCCCUCCAGUACGUGUCGCCUUUUUUCCGCCCUCCGUGGGCUAGGCGGCUCCAGCUAGCUCGGCGGAGCGCCGGUCUAGGCAGCAUCAGGCCUUAGGUCACCGUCGCUGCGCUGAAGACAGCGCCUGGAGAUCACCCGCCGCCCGCGGGUGGCCUCCCGCCAAGAGAGCCGCGCCGGCCAGCGCCUGGCGUUCCUCCAGGGCGGGUGUGUCUGAGUCUCCAUCCCCGAGAUCCGGCCCUGAGGAGACUCCGCACCCAGAGGAGCAGCGGAGACUGUGGCGCUGAGGAAAGCACGCGCUCUAGGGAAGCCCCCCACCCCGCCACCCCCCAAGAGUCGGGGCGCUGAGGAGACGACGCCCGAGCUGAGGAGACCCAGCCCGGCCGCUGCCUGUGCAGUCCCUGGCAGCACACGGGCGGAGGCGUGCGGAGCUCUUGGCUUCCGUAGGCCCGCCUCCAAAAAAUCCUCAAUUGCUUGAACUGGCAGCCUUCGCCUGUGUUGGGGCCCAGCUCCGCUUGAAGAUCCUGUUGCAGGCGGCCUGAGGUAAGCCGACUUGGCCAUUUAGAGGUCUCUCUAGUCCCCACGUUGCAGCCACAGGUCAGACAGUGGGGACUGGAGCAGAAGGACGAUGCGUUCUGAAGAAAGGAAUUAAAAUAUGCAACAGGCGGGUCAAGUCAGGAACUACUAGAAGUGUUUGUUUCCUACAGAGGAGGAGACUUGUCUAAGAUCGAAACUUGGUGAGUUUCUUCCAAAUCCAAGAUGGGCAAAGGAUAGGCCUGCUCCUUAAACCUGGGUGUGAACGCCCUCUGGCGGCUCGUGGGGAGGAUGUUGACGACAGCCACAGAGAGGAGUGACACGAAAAUGAACAAAAAACAGACUUCAGUGUUGUGAAAGUGGAAUUUUCUUACCCACUUGGUGGAUGUGGGCAUGAUUGGAAGAAGAGCAUCUAGACAUUGAAGAAAUUACAUUCUUUUACAGGACUUUGAACAUUUGUUCAGAAUAUUUUCCUCCCCAAAAUGGAAGAAAAAACAAUUGAGAAAUCAUUAUGCUUCAGACUCUGAGAAAAAAAUAAUGAAGUCUGCACACUCUGAGAAUGACAGUACUUUAUCAUCUUCUUUUGGGGAACAUACAGAAACAUACCAUUUAUGUGUGGUAAGUUAAUCACUACAGAUGGUUUCUUGUGCUACGUGGUCAAAUGGCUUCAUUUGAAUUUUGGAAUUUUAAAAAAUUUUUUCUUUUUCACAUGUUAAUUAGAUUUACACACAGGGAGUAAAUGUUGGAUUUGUUGUAUUUUCUGACUAGACCACUGUUUUCUGUGCAUUGGAGACAUUGGAGGCAUUAAUAUUCCUUGAAAUUUUAUUUUAUUGGAAGCAAACCUGUGCCAGGGACACAGACAUGCUAUAUAAUUUCCUAACUUUUCUUGCUUUGAAUAAGCUGAAUGUCACCUGGAUUUCACAGCCUAUGAGGUAUAGUCUGUUUUUUGUUUUUGUUUUUUUGCUACAUCUUUAAUAUAUAAUUUACAAUAACCAGAUAGGAAACACUGUGCUUAACACAUAUGCCUAAGGAAAAGAUCUUCCCCAUGGAUCAUGGCGUUUAUGUUUACAGAACAUUUACUAUUUUUAACAUUGAUGAUGUGUAGUUUUUCUACUUGUGAAGAAUCUGUGAGCAAUUAUUCUGAAUGGGCAGUUUUCACAGACGAUAUACAAUGGCUUAAGUCACAGAAAAUACAAGAUUUCAAACUCAACCGAAGACUUCAUCCAAAUUUAUAUUUUGAUGCUGGAGAUAUACAAACAUUGAAACAAAAGUCUCGUACAAGCCAUUUGCAUAUUUUUAGAGCUAUCAAAAGUGCAGUGACAAUUAUGCUGUCCAAUCCAUCAUACUACCUACCUCCACCCAAGCAUGCUGAGUUUGCUGCCAAGUGGAAUGAAAUUUAUGGUAAUAAUCUUCCUCCUUUAGCAUUGUAUUGUUUAUUAUGCCCAGAAGACAAGGUUGCCUUUGAAUUUGUUAUGGAAUACAUGGAUCGGAUGGUUAGCUACAAAGACUGGCUAGUUGAGAAUGCACCAGGGGAUGAGGUUCCAGUUGGCCAUUCUUUAACAGGUUUUGCCACUGCCUUUGACUUUUUAUAUAAUCUAUUAGGUAAUCAGCGUAAACAAAAAUACCUAGAAAAAAUUUGGAUUGUUACUGAGGAAAUGUAUGAAUAUUCCAAGAUUCGAUCAUGGGGCAAACAACUUCUUCAUAACCAUCAAGCUACAAAUAUGAUAGCUUUACUCAUAGGGGCCUUGGUUACUGGAGUAGAUAAAGGAUCUAAAGCAAACAUAUGGAAACAAGUUGUUGUUGAUGUGAUGGAAAAGACUAUGUUUCUCUUGAAGCAUAUUGUAGAUGGCUCAUUGGAUGAAGGUGUGGCCUAUGGAAGCUAUACCUCAAAAUCAGUUACACAGUAUGUUUUUUUGGCACAACGCCAUUUUAACAUCAACAACUUUGAUAAUAACUGGCUAAAAAUGCAUUUUUGGUUUUAUUAUGCUACACUUUUGCCAGGCUAUCAAAGAACUGUAGGCAUAGCAGAUUCCAAUUAUAAUUGGUUUUAUGGUCCAGAGAGCCAGCUAGUUUUCUUGGAUAAGUUCAUUUUACAGAAUGGAGCUGGAAAUUGGUUAGCUCAGCAAAUUAGAAAGCAUCGACCUAAGGAUGGACCAAUGGUUCCUUCCACUGCUCAGCGGUGGAGUACUCUUCAUACUGAAUACAUCUGGUAUGAUCCAACACUCACCCCACAGCCUCCUGUUGAUUUUGGCACUGCAAAAAUGCACACAUUUCCUAACUGGGGUGUCGUGACUUAUGGGGGUGGGCUGCCAAACACCCAGACCAAUACCUUUGUGUCUUUUAAAUCUGGGAAACUGGGAGGACGAGCUGUGUAUGACAUAGUUCACUUUCAGCCAUAUUCCUGGAUUGAUGGAUGGAGAAGCUUUAACCCAGGACAUGAACAUCCAGAUCAAAAUUCAUUUACUUUCGCUCCUAAUGGGCAGGUAUUCGUUUCUGAGGCUCUUUAUGGACCAAAAUUGAGCCACCUUAACAACGUAUUGGUGUUUGCCCCAUCACCAUCAAGUCAAUGUAAUCAGCCCUGGGAAGGUCAACUGGGAGAAUGUGCACAGUGGCUCAAGUGGACUGGGGAAGAGGUUGGUGAUGCAGCUGGGGAAGUUAUUACUGCUGCUCAACAUGGUGAUAGGAUGUUUGUGAGUGGGGAAGCAGUGUCUGCUUAUUCUUCUGCCAUGAGACUGAAAAGUGUCUAUCGUGCUUUACUUCUUUUAAAUUCACAAACUCUGCUUGUUGUCGAUCAUAUUGAAAGGCAAGAAACUUCCCCAAUAAAUUCUGUCAGUGCCUUCUUUCAUAAUUUGGAUAUUGAUUUUAAAUACAUCCCAUACAAGUUUAUGAAUAGAUAUAAUGGUGCCAUGAUGGAUGUGUGGGAUGCACACUAUAAAAUGUUUUGGUUUGAUCACCAUGGCAACAGUCCUGUGGCUAAUAUACAGGAAGCAGAACAGGCUGCUGAAUUUAAGAAACGGUGGACACAGUUUGUUAAUGUUACAUUUCAUAUGGAAUCCACAAUCACAAGAAUUGCUUAUGUAUUUUAUGGGCCAUAUGUCAAUGUUUCCAGCUGCAGAUUUAUUGAUAGUUCCAGUUCUGGACUUCAGAUUUCUUUACAUGUCAACAGUACUGAACAUAGUGUGUCUGUUGUAACUGACUAUCAAAACCUUAAAAGCAGAUUCAGUUACCUGGGAUUUGGUGGUUUUGCCAGUGUGGCUAAUCAAGGACAGAUAACCAGAUUUGGUUUGGGUACUCAAGAAAUAGUAAACCCUGUAAGACAUGAUAAAGUUAAUUUCCCCUUUGGGUUUAAAUUUAAUAUAGCAGUUGGAUUCAUUUUGUGUAUUAGUUUGGUUAUUUUAACUUUUCAAUGGCGGUUUUACCUUUCCUUUAGAAAGCUAAUGCGCUGUGUAUUAAUACUUGUUAUUGCCUUGUGGUUUAUUGAGCUUCUGGAUGUAUGGAGUACAUGCACUCAGCCCAUCUGUGCAAAAUGGACAAGGACUGAAGCUAAGGCAAAUGAGAAGGUCAUGAUUUCUGAAGGGCAUCAUGUGGAUCUUCCUAAUGUUAUUAUUACCUCACUCCCUGGUUCAGGAGCUGAAAUUCUCAAACAGCUUUUUUUCAACAGCAGUGAUUUUCUCUACAUCAGAAUUCCUACAGCCUACAUGGAUAUCCCUGAAACUGAAUUUGAAAUUGACUCAUUUGUAGAUGCUUGUGAGUGGAAAGUAUCAGAUAUCCGCAGUGGGCACUUUCAUCUUCUUCGAGGGUGGCUGCAGUCUUUGGUCCAGGAUACAAAACUUCACUUGCAAAACAUCCAUCUACAUGAAACCAGUAGGAGUAAACUGGCCCAAUAUUUUACAACUAAUAAGGACAAAAAGCGAAAAUUAAAAAGAAGGGAGUCUUUGCAAGAUCAAAGAAGUAGAAUAAAAGGACCAUUUGAUAGAGAUGCUGAAUAUAUUAGGGCUUUAAGAAGACACCUUGUUUAUUACCCAAGUGCACGUCCUGUGCUCAGCUUAAGUAGUGGUAGCUGGACAUUGAAGCUUCAUUUUUUUCAGGAAGUUUUAGGAACUUCAAUGCGGGCAUUGUACAUAGUAAGAGACCCUCGAGCUUGGAUCUAUUCAGUGCUAUAUGGUAGUAAACCAAGUCUUUAUUCUUUGAAGAAUGUACCAGAGCACUUAGCAAAAUUGUUUAAAAUAGAGGAAGGUAAAAGCAAAUGUAAUUCGAAUUCUGGCUAUGCUUUUGAGUAUGAAUCACUGAAGAAAGAAUUAGAAAUAUCCCAAUCAAAUGCUAUCUCCUUAUUAUCUCAUUUGUGGGUAGCAAACACUGCAGCAGCCUUGAGAAUAAAUACAGAUUUGCUGCCUACCAAUUACCAUCUGGUCAAGUUUGAAGAUAUUGUUCAUUUUCCUCAGAAGACUACUGAAAGGAUUUUUGCUUUCCUUGGCAUUCCUUUGUCUCCUGCUAGUUUAAACCAAAUGCUAUUUGCCACUUCCACAAACCUUUUUUAUCUUCCAUAUGAGGGGGAAAUAUCACCAUCUAAUACUAAUAUUUGGAAAACAAACUUGCCUAGAGAUGAAAUUAAACUAAUUGAAAACAUUUGCUGGACACUGAUGGAUCAUCUAGGAUAUCCAAAGUUUAUGGACUAAAUGCUGCAGGUCGGCAAAAUUUGCACUAAUGUGUCCCAACCUACUUUGUGGAUAUGAACUAGAAAACUUUGUUUAUUCUUGUACAUGUAUGUAUGUGUGUAGAGUGAGUGCGUGUGUCCAGUAUGUUAUUUGCACAGAGAUAUUUUCAAAAUAGGCACCAUAUUUGGCCUAGCAGGAUUUAUUUUUAUGUUACCACUUUUCUUGCCUUUGUUUCUGAAUUUUUUUCUGCUAAAAUGUUUCUGCUACAGAGGUAUAUAUUCUGGGGUUCUGAAAUAUGGGGUUUUAAUGGACUUUAACUCAACUUCUUUGGAAACUAUUUAUCUAUCUUAGGACCUCAAACACUACAAACGGCCUUGCAAUUGCUGCUGUAUCUAGUCAUCUCUCGCUCUUAAUAUGGACUACAAAACUUUAUGUUUUGAAAACGUCUAACAUUUACCUUGCACACAAAAACGAGAAAUAAAAAAACAAAAAUUAUUUUA